AACGCAAAUAGACUGAUUUCUUCAUUUUUGUCGCUUUUUUAUUUAUUUUUUUGCUUUUUUGUGUCACAAUUUAGUUGAUAAGACAUGAUAUCCAUCACAUACAAUGAAGGGUUUUUCAUAGGAAACAAUCAACAAACGCAUUUGACCUACAAUUCAUACAAAUUAAUAUCUAACAGUUCGAAGAAAGUGAUAAAAUCGUUACAAAAAUCAUGGUCGAACAGUUGCUUAAAUCUGGCAUCAGACACGACACGCGUUUCGUUCGCUUACAAAAAAUUACACCAUUUACCGAAUUCACGUGUCACACGAGGAACACAAAUACUGGAUUUGAGUCAUAACAAAAUACGAGAUUUAUCAAUUUUGAGUCGUUUUACGAGAUUAAAUUCCCUCAUUUUGGAUUACAACAAAGAAAUGGACCUUCAAACGUUCCCUCGCUUACCGAAUUUACGACUUUUGUGGUUGAAUAAUUGCAAUAUUAUGAAUCUCUCGUGUUGGAUAACGAAAAUUCGGGAAAAUUGCCCCAAAAUUCAAUUUUUGAGCAUAAUGGAGAAUCCGGGUAAUUCGAAAGAUGAUGAUACAAGAAGCGCUGUGAUUCGAUUUCUGCCCAUGUUGGAGUAUUUGGAUGAUAGAAAAGUAACAAAAAGGGAGAGAAUUGAAGCUUUAAGGAAUGAAAAGUGUCAUUUGGUUGAAGAAAGUGAGAGUUUAAAGUGCAAUGAGAAGGAAAAAUGUUUCAAUGAAACAACAGAAGAGUCGGAGGAUGAGGAAUUUAUUACUUUUAAGUCAACAUCUUAUCCGGGUUAGUCAACCUUCUUAAUUUUAUGACUUCGUAGUAAAUGUUAUCUGAUAAGAAAACAAUUUAAUCUUCACUAUAAACUAUUAACUACGUCAAUAAA